AUGGUGAAAAUUGACGAUAAAAAGAAAAAGUUCAAAGGAAAGAAGAAGGUGAAAAAUGUGCAGGAGAAGAAGGCGAAAGGACUGAAGCUCAACAAAGUGGAUAGAAAGAGAAUUGUCAAAGUGAAUUUUGCGAGGUUCAAUGUAAAACUUCUAAUACGAACUUUUUAGAUUGAAGAGAAAGCUGCGUUGAAAAGCAAAGUGGACAAAGCAGUGAAAGAGGAGCUGGAGAGACUGAAGGUGAAAUCAUCUUUGUCAGUUUUCGACAACGAUGGAACACGGGAAUCGUUGUGCUCCGAGUCUUCCUUCGGUAGUCAGCCUGCUCCGAAGAAAAAGCCGAAAAGAGUGUCAUUCUCUGGGAAAAUUUCGCAAACGAAGUUGUUUGAGAAAGGUGUUUUCCAUGAUCUCAAUGUGAAACCGUCAGAAGCUUCUCCAGGAAGAGGAAUUCUCCGAUCUGGCAAAAAGAAGGUAUAAUUUGAUGUUGGCUUGAUUUACCUUCAUUUUCCUAAUUUCAGACGGUCAAGAGUGUCCGUGUUGCAAAUGAAGAGGCGGAGGAAGUGGAAGAGACCUCACUGGCUCCACCAAAGAAGAAGAAGAAGGUUCGCACUGAAGAGGCCAUUACAACCGAGCCAGCCGAUGAAGAUUUGAAGUCCGUUGACGAGCACGAAGAGGCCAAUGAUUCCCUCGUUGACGUUCCAAAGCUGAAGAGAAAGAGGGUCAUUCAGGUAAUUGCUUUAAAACGAGUUUUGUCGCAAAUAAACUUUAAAGGUAACCAAAUCCGUCAAAGAGCAGCUGUUGAACAUGCCACGGAAGGAGAGAAAGGCGUUCCUGAAAGAACUGAAAUUGAAGAGAAAGCCGGAAGGGGAAAGGGCUCAGAAGUGCAAGCUGCUGUGGGAAAAGAUCCGAAUGGGAAAAACUCCGAAAGACGAGAAGGAGAAGGCUGUGCACGAGUUGUACGGACUGGUCAAGGGACACGCUUCCAAACUUAUCUACGCUCACGACACGAGCAGAGUGAUCGAGUGUCUGGUCGCUACCGAAAGAGAAGGAAUCAUCAACAAUUGUAAUAGAUAAUUCAUUUCCACUGAUCGAGCCCUUUUUUUCAGUGUUCAAUGAGCUGACUCCGGAAAUCGUGCGAAUGUCAAAGAACAUCUACUCCAAAUUCUUCGUCAAGAAAAUGCUGAAAAAUGGAACAAAGGAACAGCGUGAACUGAUCAUCAACGCAUUCAGAGGACAUGCCCCUACUCUCCUCAGAAUCAAGCACGCCGCUGAGGUUCUUGAGUACGCCUACAAUGACUUCGCCAACGCUCGUCAAAGAUACGACAUAAUCUCGGAGUUCUACGGAAAAGAAUUCAUUCUGUUUAGAGUAAGGCAACCAAAAUGUACAUCUUAACUGAAUUGUGUUGUUUCAGGAAGAUAACAUCCGCUCGCUGACCGAAAUUCUUGCUGAAAAGCCGGAAAAGAAAAAUGUGAUCCUGAAGCAUUUGGAAGAAGUUAUUGAGGCUGUCAACGGAAAGUACGUCCGCGAUUCCGUACUUUUCAGCCUCAUCACUGAUUUUCAGAGAAACUCUUCGUUUGUCGAUCCUUCACAAGCUCAUGCUCGACUUCUUCGACAACUGCGACGAGGACAAGAAGAACAAUCUUCUUGAUUCGCUCAAAGAUAAAAUUCCCGAGUUCAUCCACACACCAGACGGAUCCAAGCUCGCAAUCAAGCUCAUCUGGUUUGCGCCAGUGAAGGAGAGAAAACUGAUUGUGAAGAACUUCAAAGAUCUGUCAGUGAAGGCAGCGAUGGAGCACUACGGACAUCGUGUGCUCCUUGCUCUCUUCGAUUCCAUCGACGACACUGUCCUUGUGAACAGGGUCGUCGUUUCGGAGCUGUCCAAUGACAUGAAGAAGCUGGUGGAGGACGAGUGGGGAGAGAAAGUCAUUCACUAUUUGGUGCAUCCCAGAGACGGAAGAGGACUCGACAAAGAAAUGAUCAACAUGCUCUCGCAGGGAGACAAGAAUCCGCACUCGAAGAAGACACCGAAAGAUCGCUACGGACAACUGUACACUGGAAUCACUGAGAAUCUGUAUUCAUACCUCUCUACAAACUUUGAGCAGCUCAUCUUCGACCUGAACAGAUCCAAGUUCGUUGUCGCCUGCCUUGAAACUUCUUGUGAGUUGAAAAUCCGUCUGGCCUCAUUAAGAUCAUUCGAUUUUAGCUCAUUACGAUCUGUUCGAUAGACAAGUACCGUCGGAAGGUCGCAAGGGCUGCAAUGAAGCAAUCGUCGAGCUGGCUAAGAAGGACUACGUUCCAAUGGAUCAGUUGGGAUUCCACAUUAUCGAACACGGCACAGGUCACUUUGUGGUGAUGGCUGUGAUGCGAUGCGAUCCACAACUGCCGGAGGACGAACGGUUGUCGACUGCUCUGGCGGAGGGGCUCUCGAAACAGCAGCUGGGAUCGUGGAUCACUUGCAACAAGGGAUGCCACGUCCUUCUGAAAAUGCUGCAAGUGGGAAGCCCAAGUGUUGUCGCCAAGCUGAAGGAAUCGAUCAAUCGGAAAACAUUGGAAGGAUACAAGACGAAAGGAGCCAACCUGCUAAAAUUGCACCUUGACGGAAAGCUCAAAAAGUAG